AUAGUACCAUAGCGUCUCAACAUUCGAUAGCUUUCGUUUCUAAAAUGGCGGUGACUUAAAUGUUUUGUGAUCGGACCUCGUGGAUGGGUUUCAGACCCUGAAAUAAAGCAAGCAAUGGAGGUUGGUUUACGCGUUGUUCGUGGCCCCGAUUGGAUGUGGGGUGAUCAAGACGGAGGCGAGGGAAAUGUUGGCACAGUCGUCCAUCUUGGCGGCGACGGAAACUUCCCUGAAGACACUGUUUUGGUGUAUUGGGAUUCUGGAAGGCAGGCGAACUAUCGGGCAGGAUAUUCUGGAAAGUAUGAUUUACGAAUCUUCGACAGCGCUCAAACUGGUUUAAAGCACCCUCAUGUUACAUGUGAUGGUUGUAAGCAAGCCCCCCUCGCUGGAAUACGAUACAAAUGUGCUAACUGUCCAAACUAUGAUUUGUGUUCGACUUGUUUUGGAAAUGAUGUUCAUGAUAUGCAGCAUGAAUUUUUGCGAUUUGAUCAAGUUCCUCAACAAAAUGGAAUACCUGCUGGUAAGCGCGCUGGUGCUGUUAAGGUACAAUCCAAGGGAUUUUUUUCUGGAGCUAAGGUUACUCGAGGAAGAGACUGGAAAUGGGAUGACCAAGAUGGGGGCAGUGGUAGGAUUGGUACAUUGACUGAGAUCACUGCUUGGAGUAAUGUGGAGAGGGCAGGAGCAAAAGUCAUCUGGAAUAUACUUAGGAAUAACACAUACCGAGCAGGAUACCAAGGAUCAGUUGACCUCAAAUGUACAACUCCAGGAAAUGGCCCACACUACUAUCGUGAUUGUCUAGGGAGAGUUGGUGAUAAACGGCUCCAGAGAAACAGAAAUCGAUUGAGGGUUGGAGACAGAGUCAUUGUGAACCUUGAUGUGGAGGUGCUUAAAGCAAUGUCCCAAGGACAUGGCGGCUGGGUCGAUGGUAUGGGACAGUGCAUAGGAAAGGUGGGGAAAAUACAUAAAAUAGACGAUGAUGGUGAUGUCCACAUCAGGUAUGGGCUCCAGUCAUGGGUAUUCCAUCCAGAUGCAGUCACUAAGUUGCCGACUUUCCAGGCUGGAGAUAAAGUAAGAGUGUUAAAAAAUAAACAAGAAGUACAAAGGUUACAACAGGGGCACGGUGGCUGGAAUGAGUCUAUGACGGCGGCUUUGGGUAAAGAGGGAAAGAUCUUAGAGGUGGACAGCGAUGGUGAUGUUGUAGUUGUGGUAGGAACGGAUCUCUGGCUGUUCAACCCAGCAGCUCUGGAGGAUCUGACGGGAGGGGAGGCUACGGCGCGACGGGGCGAAGUUGCAACGGGAUCUCCAGCAGACAAACUAACGGAGCUACAGGACCUUCUUAAGAUGAUGUUAGUAGAGGCGACUAUGAAAAGUGGAAGUGAUCCUGGAGACAGAUUAGUGAACGCUUCAUCAAAUGGAAACCUACAGGAAGUCCGGGAAAUCCUGGAAGCAAAUCCCGAUAAGAUCAAUCAUAAAAGAGCAGGCAAAACCUCUCUGCAUGUAGCUUGUCAUCAAGGUCGAACUGAAAUUGUUAAAUACCUUGUAGACAAAGGCGCUGACAAAGAUGUCAAGGACGAACAGGAUUACUCAGCGUUGCAUCAUGCGGCUUAUGGAGAUAAGAGUGGUCAGGCUGUGACAGCCAUGUUAGCCACAGGAACAAACGUCAAUGUUUGUGAUAACAAAAACAAAAGCACGCCGCUACACUUAGCUGUCAAUCAAGGAAACGAAGCUGGUGUUAGGGCUCUGCUGUUGUCAAGACACUGCGACGUCAACUGUCAGGAUUUGGCCGGUGAUACAGCUCUACACGACGCUAUCUCCAAAGAAAAGAAUGGAAUUAUAGAUCUCAUUCUCAAUAACCAAAGGCUGGAUAUCACUGUUUCUAAUGGCAGAGGGUUCAACCCCCUUCAUCAAGCUUGCAUGAAAGGAAAUAAAAAUGCUGUUGAAAAAAUCGCAAGGAAAUUCCCUGGCCUCAUUGAGAUUCCAAAAGAAGACGGAUUUAGUGCCCUUCAUCUAGCUGCCUUCAAUAACCACUUAGAAAUCGCAAAGGUUCUGCUGUUGUCGGGCCACUGUGACAUCAAUCUACGCAAUAGAAAGAGACAGACGGCCCUGGCUCUUGCUGUCUCUGAAGCUUACACCAGCAUGAUAGAACUAUUGAUUGAACAUGGCGCCGAUAUAAAUGCUGCAGACGAAGAUGGAGACACCCCUUUGCACUUGGCUGUCAUACAUCAAGCUGUUGGGAGUAGUGGCUUAAGAGGGCUCUUACAAGGACUAGGGGUCGACGUCCCAGCCAGCGGCACAGACCAGCACACUGGCUCUGCCAUCGCUGUAUACUUAGCUCUUCAUGGGGCAGAUAUUAACUUUUACAACAACGAAGGUAAAACCCCACUGGAUAUGUGCCAAGACCCACAAACUGCCAACCUGAUUAAACAAUUUGCGAGGAAUAUUCCAAGGCGAACAGCUAUGUCGCGUCCGGCCACAUUCACUCAACCUCGACCACAGCCUGUGCGUUCAAAAUCGGGGCCUGCGCCUGCACCUACUGGUGCACCUAAACGUGCCCCAGUACCUCUCCCAAGGUCAACUUCAGGGCCAUCAGCGACUGCAACAAGAUCUACAGCACCAAGCCAGAAGAAGAUACAAGAUAGUGCAAAAGGAGCCGAUGUGAACCGAGCCAGUGUCACCGGAACAGACUGUAUCAUCUGUACUGAAAACACUGCUACUGUCACCUUCAAGCCGUGCGGUCACAAGAUAACUUGCUCAAGUUGUUCUCUCAAAGCAAAGCGUUGCCUUUCGUGCAAUCAGGAGAUUCAGCAAAAAAUUGCAGCAGAAGGCGCGCCAAUCAAUGUACCAACCUUGAUGGACUCGACAGACUACCAAGAUCGGGUGCGUUCUCUUGAAAAUGAAUUGCGCGCCAUGCAAGACGACAGACAAUGCCCGAUAUGCAUGGAGAGAAAUAAAAAUAUGGUGUUUUUAUGUGGACACGGAGCCUGCAAGGAGUGUUCUGAGAGACUGACGGUUUGUCAUAUCUGCAGGAUAUCUAUUCAGAAUAGAAUACAAAUUUUCUGAGCUUACAUGUUCCAAAUUAUUACGCAAUUCUUGGAACCUGCCUUUCAUUCAAGUAGUUAGGAUAACGUUGAGCUUUGAGCAUAAGUUGCGUUAACGGGAAGUAAGAUGAAUUUCAAAAUGCGCAAAGGCAACUGCGUGGUCGGUAGAGGGUCUCAAUAAGGUGAUGGCUUUUACGGCUGACGGUUAAGAUCGGCCAUUUUUUGGCUAAAAGUUAACUUCUUUCCGUUUCCGUUAACUUUUAUUAUUACUGACGAUUAAAACUUUGGCCAUUGUACGUCAAAUCCGCUGCGAUUAAGAGAAACAUUUUUCGGUUAACUUUUCUAUGACUAAUAUUUAAAAUUUUUCAGUUUUUACGCCUAACAGCUAUUUUUUUUUUGUUUAUCCCAUUGAGACCCCUUUCAUAUAAAAGUAUUUCAACAACGAUGACAUUUGUAAUGUGAGGUUUUUCGUUUCAUUAUCAUCUUAAAAGUACAGCUUCUGUUACACAUGCACUUAAAACAUCCCUUAGUUAAUUGCACAGGCUAUGAUCACUUGAGAGAAACGUUUGCCUCCCUUAGCACGUACCCAGGGCUACUGCAGCUGUUCAUGGUGCGCUUUGACUUGUGGGAUUCAUUUUUACGUCCUUGCUAUUAAUCAGUGAAGUACUCAUGUAUUUUCCUGUGGUGUGGGAACAAUGGAGACACAGACCGCAACCUACUGUUAAUUAUAAUAGGGGAACUAACGAGAUUUCAAAGUAAAAACAAGCAAGGCGUGGGCGACCAAGUCGUGAUUGGCCAUAGUUUUGAAUUGGAUUGGCGAAUUAGAGAGCCUAGUAAAGCAAAGCUAAUGCAAUCCUGUAUUGGAGCAGUUUUCAGUUGAGUUUCGAAAGCCAAAACGUAAGUAAUCACCGCUGCCAAUCGCAACGAAGGUCGACAUCAUCAUUAGCCAAUUUAAACUCGGAGUAAAAACAGGCAAACUGCACGAAACGCAGGAAAACGCGGGCGACCAAAUCAUGAUUGGUUUUAAUUUGGAAUCCGAUUGGUCGGUAAGGUGGAGAAAGUAAUUCUGGUCCAAUCACAGAGCGAACUGAGUUAGGCAAAAUCAAAGCGAUCGUGGUAAACUUUCGUACGUCGAUUGAAAACUGCUCUACUUUUGGCACUCAGUAGAACAUUAAUCUAAUUACGCUGAUUAGUGUUGAUACUUCCCCUGGAAGUUAUGUAAUAUUAAUACUCAAAAUUGUAGGUGCACUAAGGAAGAUCUCGAUGCGUUUCACAUGGAGAAUUUGAUAAGUUUAGUGUACAAAAUUUAAGGGCAAGAAGAGUAGCUUAAUAAACAAUUGCUGAAGCGCCAUCCAGGCCUCCAGUCCAAAACUU